AUGGCACAGCUGCGGCCCGGGUCAAGCUCGAGCGGCAUCGGCACGGUGGGCGACGACCAGGUGUUGGCCAAGGCCGAGAGCAGGCGCGAAGAGUCGCUCCACGUCGGGUGGCUGGACGGCGUGCGCGGGCAGGCCGUUUGGGGCUGGGUCGUGGCCCACACCCUCCGGUUCGUUCUGCCCCGACCCCACUGGCUUCGCCUCUUCCCCGCCCAGGCCCAGCUGCCCGCCCUACGCUCCUUCACCAAAUGGAUGGACGUGUUGGGUGGCCUGCUGCUGGCCACGUCGUUCAACCUGUUCUUCUUUGUCGCUGGCGCAGCUGCCUUCAUGACUCUCCGGGACCUGUCUCUCGCGGAGCUCACCAUGGGCGACUACACGAGCAUGAUGUACAAGGCCAUUGGGUCAAGCGGAGGCGACCUACAGCUGGUGUUCCCGCUCUUCUUCUUCCUCUGGCUGAUCUACCUGCCUCUGUUCCGCACUGUGCGACACUGCUACCAGGCCGAUAAGCCCCGCGCCCCUGGUGGACUGGAUCUCGACAGCUACAACACGCUGCAGAACCUAUCGUUUUGUUCGGUGAUGGGGAUGGUCUUCUUCGCCGCUGCGACGCCCGUGCUCGUUCUGUGGCUGUGGUUUGGCUUGUUAGCGGGCAGCCUGGUGGUCAUCGUCGGCAUGAUUCCCGGAGUGGUGGUGCUCUGGUAUGCCUUGUGCAGAAACGGCCAGACGAGAGAGGCCGGCCCGGAGCAGCAGGACUGGGUGCUGUCGAUCGUCCUGCGCCUCGUGUCGCUCCUCAAGCGGGCCGGCGGGCACAAGAGCGGCCUCCACUUCUUCCUGGCCUCGACCGCGAUUCCGCUGUGCAUCAUGUGUUGGGCCAACCUCUACUUCAGCUCGGUCCUCGUGAGUACCGGCGUGCUGCUCAUCUACGGCGCUCCAUUCCUCAUGUCCUACCUGCGCCUGCCCAGCACGCUCUCCUUCUCUCUGCCCCUGCUGCCCAGCUGCACCCUCUGGUCGCGCGCCAUCCGCAACAACAACUACGCCACCCACCAGUCGUCGGAUGCCGCCGCGGGCAAAGCCAAGCUCGAAGACUCGAACGUCGAUGACCGCGCCGCCGCCUACACCACCGCCCGUCGCGACGUAGGGGAGGUGCACCCCGAGGCCUUUUCGUUCUGGCUCACCACCGAAGGCGCAGGCGGCUGCGGAAGGGUGUUGGCCAAGGGCCACAUCAGCACCGCGGCGGCGUGCCUGCUGGCGAUCGUGGCCGGCCACAUCGCGUUCCUGGGCUCGCUCGAUGUGGUGCACCCCAACGUCAUACCGCUCGCGGCGCCCAUCCUGGGCAUCUUCCGGAUGGACCUCAACAAGAACUACGGCAUCUACUGCCUCGCAUUCGGCUUCUUCUCCAAGAAGCGAAGCAAUCUCUUCGUCAUCGCCUUUGCCAUCUUCUCCAUCGUGUUCCUGCGCCUCUCGCUUCCCGGCACCAAGUGGAAGUGGAUCCUCAUCUCGCCCUCCCUCGUCACCUAUUCCACGUGCCUCCAGCGGUUCUGGAAGUACUUCUCCGAGGGGCGAAGGUCCGACGAGUCGACCCCCACGUUCCUCUCCUCGCGGCUGCUCUUCUUCGUCUUCAUCACCCACUCCUUUUGGGAGUACUGCCUGGUGAGCAUGCUCCGAGCAAGCGGCCUCAGCGAGACUCUCCCCUGGAUGGGGCAAAUCGUGCUGCUCAACGCGUGCGUGGUGGGUCUCACGUUCGGGUCCAGCUGGCUCUUCGCCUCCUACGCCCCCGAAGGCCCCGGCAUAUCCGACCACGACCGGCAGCGACGCCUUCGAGUCGCCGCAGAGUAG